CUCAGUGAUGCCCUUUACAAUCAAGGAGACAGCCUAAUCUAAGGAAGACAUAAAGCCCUUACAAACAAGAACUACACCUAAACAAUCACUAAAAAUGACAAGAGUGCUGGCCAUGGUUCUUCGAGGGAAUGGAUAGGUAAGAGGGUGGGUCUGAUCUGAUCUAGUUCGGGCCAGGUGCGAUAUGGGCCAUCCAGGCUACCUAUGAAUCGACCCAUCUCGAGCCCGGCCUAGUAUGAUCCAAAUUCUGGCCCGAGCAACUUUAUGAACCAGCCCAUGAAGCGCUUCCUUUUCCCGCCCUCAAAUACCGAGUGGCGUAUAAAGAACCAGAAUUUCAGACUCGCCCACUGACCAUCUAUCAACACGAACUUAGGAAGAGGGUUUGCCUUUCACGCAUCGUUUCUUUACGCCCACCAAGUGUUUGUUAAAAGAUUGCUAUGGUAGAGAAGUUUUUCUCCACGAAGCAAACUGAUACCAACUGCAACAGUGAAAUCAUUCUUCUUUCAGGCCCUCCCUGCUGUGGGAAGACAUCUCUGCUUUUCCAGUAUGCCUUUAACUGUGCUUUGGAGAACAGCCAUAGUGAUCGUUUUGUUGUGUUCAUCUGCAACCGUCGCAGGUUAGAGAGUAAACCUCCUUACUUGUCCCAGGGCAUUGAUCCCUCUUCUAAUGUCUUUCAGCGGAUACAAAUGAAGUAUGUGGAUGACGAUGAGGGGAUCAAGAAGUAUUUUGCUGCAUUUCACCUGCACAAAACCUUUCCUCUAGCAAUUUUGGUUGAUGAUUUUGGGGACUACUUUGAUGAGAGGAGCUGUAAGGAGAGAUUGAAUAAUCCGAGGGGCAGAGACCUGUUGAUGGUUCGAACUCUAGCCCUGUGUCGUGAUGGUGUAUUACAUGCAAAUGAAAGAUUGCCAUCUGGAAAUGCUUGCAAGCUUGUGUUCUCUGAUACACACCAUGGGGACACUCCAAGGUCAUUAUUCAUCUAUAAAAGAUGGAUAUCAUCCAUUUUUACAAUAAAAGGUGAUCGUCCGGGAUCGUUUCUUCUGAAAGAUAGUAGGGCCUUUGUUGGGUGCACAAAAAGACCAAGAUUGGCAAGAUACUCUAUAGCUCUUCAGUAUCUGAUGUUGGAAGAGAUCGCUGACGAAAUGGAACAUUGACAUUAAAUGCAACACUAAACAAUGGUUGUAUAAUUUCUCCCUUCUUCAUGUAGUAGCCACUAGUUGCUGUAUAAAUUUUUAAGCAAAGAUUAUAGGUGGUAGGGACCUAUGCUGUUCAUUGCUACUGGUGAUUUGUUCUUAAUUUCUAGCAUCAACAAAACUAAGAUAUUCAUGCUUA